CCCCCCGCAGGUAAUCUUAAACAAAUGUUAAUUACGUAUUAACUAAUAAAAUAUGAAAACCAGUAGUAGUAAUCCCGAUCCAACUUCAGUUCAGCCAACCUCAUCCCAACUUCCCAUAUAAAUAAAUACAGACCUAAGCAAGAAAAAAACAGAGACUUGUUCAAUUAUCUAGAGAGAGAGAGAGAGAGAGAGACAGAGAGAUGAGCUAUGGAAUGGUUUCUGGAAGCGAAACUUGCUUCCACUUCUGCCCCAAACUACCCACCCAAUUAACGUAUCCUCAAAAUUGUUCUGGGCUUCUUUUCAAGACCAAUUUGGUAAUCAAACAGAGCAGAUCAAUUAAACUCUCACCUGGGUCGUUACGCAGAGGAAGAACAAGAGCGGCGGCCAUUCGUUGUCUGUACGGGGUAAAGAAUGAGAAGAAUUUGUACGAGUUGUUGGGGGUAUCUGAGAAAGGCACGUCGUCGGAGAUCAAGCAAGCGUACAAGAAACUGGCGCUCAAGUAUCAUCCCGACGUGUCGCCUCCCGAUCGGGCGGCGGAGCACGCCAGGAGGUUCAUUCGGGUUCGGGAGGCUUACGAGACGCUGUCUGACCCGAAAACCAGAGCCAUGUACGAUAGAGAUUUGGGCAGCAGGGGUUUGCGAUUUGAUUACUCGAGACAACGACGGUCCCACCGUGAUCAGAAAUUUGAGGAGUGGGCAGAGUGGAGGGAUCGGUGGGAGUCUCAACUAAUGGAACUGCAACGAAGGAGCGCCUAUAAGGAUUCAAUGAGAAGGGAUCAUGAGGUGCCAUGGGGAGUUGGAAUGGGCACUCGAAGAAGCCAAAUAUUUUCUCUGGCCUUUAAUAACUGAAAAAAAAAACAGUUAAUAACAUAAAAACAAGUAUUAGACCAAUGUUAAUUCAUUCAGCUAAACCCUGUUAUCAGUUGCGGGCUUUGAGUUAUUGUAAUUUUGUGAGUGGAUACUAAUGAAUUUGUGGUAAAUUAUAAAGUAUAAUAGAGAAUUGGUUUGGUGAAA